UAUAUAUGUAUAUAUAAUAUCUCAAUCACACUACCAUGUUACGAUGAGUUUCCCGUCUUUCGGCACCCUGCCCGCCAUCCACACCAGAAAGGCUUUAUUGUUGCUGGAUUUUCAGAACGACUUCGUCCGUCCUUCGGGCGCCCUGCACGUCCCUAAUACCUCGGACUUUCUCGACUCCCUCGCCCCCUUGACCACCGCCUUUCGUCGCAACGGGGAUGUCGUCUGGGUCCGCUCACACCAAGCCGACCGUCGCUCGCUGAUCGGUCUUGACGCCCAAGAACUGGUCGUGCUCGAUCGCCCCGCCAAGAAAGUCACAGACCCUCCAUCAGAACCCCCGUUAGAACCCCCGUCCGAUCCCGGCCCCAUCCAGCCCAUCACCCCCCUGGACGAGGAGGCCUUCCUCUCCGUCGAUCCCCCGCGCUGCUGUUGUCCGCACACCGCGGGCGCUCAAUUCCCCGCCCCUGUCUUGUCCGCCGUCGACCCCUCCGACACUCUCAUCGAUAAAUCCGACUAUUCCGCCUUGCAGGAUCAGGGCCUCAUCCUUUCCUUUCGCACUCGUUUCGUCACCGAGAUCUACCUUUGCGGCUCCCUGUCCAACGUCUCCGUCUACGCGACCGCCCUCGACGCCGUGCGUCUCGGCUUCUCCGUCUACGUCGUCGAAGACUGUCUCGGCUUUCGCAGCUUCCAGCGCCAUGAGGAGGCCAUGCGACGCAUGGCCGAUAUCCUGGGCGCCAACGGAACCUCCGUCCAGGAGUUACUCGAAGAGCUAGAUUGGGAGGAGACCGACGUCAUCGCGCGCAAGGGCGACCCGCAACCCGCCCGGUGGGUGACCCCCGCCGGCAUCGAGACCGUCAUGGACGAGCUGGACGUCCGACGGAAUCGCAAAGCUGCGCGCGACUCACCGGAAGGGCCGGGGGCUGGCCAGCAGCAGACGGUCCGAGACCUACUAGCCGAUGCGUCCGACGACGAGGACGGCAACUUACUGGAGCUCGCCAACCUCGUUCGCGCCAGCGGCCGCCACCGUCGCCAGGAGCAGCCCCCGGCUUCUCCAGAGAAGAAAUCGCAUGCGCGGGCCCGCCGCCCGCGACGACACCACGACGCCAAGCCCGAGGGCAAAUCCGAGGGCAAAUCCGACGCCGGCCCCCGUUCAUCCUACCGCCGCCCAUCCGCGCCCAAAAAGAUGCCCGAGGUCUGUCGUCCCGGCGACCGGAUCGGCGAGGGCGACUCCCGCAUCCUCUACGAGCUCGACCUCCCUCCAGAAGCUUUCGAACAGAUCCGCGACGAGGUCGCCUGGCAGAAGAUGUACCAUCUCUCCGGGGAAGUGCCGCGUCUCGUGGCCGUCCAGGGCCGGCCACAGCCCGACGGGUCCAUCCCCAUCUACCGCCAUCCGGCCGACGAGUCGCCGCCGCUGCUGCCGUUCACGCGGACAGUCAACGAUGUGCGGGUCUUCGUCGAGCGCAUCCUGGGCCACCCGCUCAACCACGUGCUCAUCCAGCUGUACCGCGGCGGAGACGACCGCAUCUCGGAGCACUCGGACAAGACGCUCGACAUCGCGCGGGGUUCGCUCAUCUGCAACGUGAGUUUGGGGUGUCAGCGCACCAUGGUCCUCCGCACCAAGUCUCACGAGACAGACGGGGCGUCGGGUCGGGUAACGCAGCGCAUCCCGCUCCCGCACGAGUCGCUGUUCAUCCUCGGCGAGCAGACCAACCGACGCUGGCUGCACGGUAUCCGGCCCGACAAACGCCCGGACAAGGAGAAAUCGCUCGAUGAGCGCGCAUUCGGCGGACAACGUAUCUCGCUGACCUUCCGCCGCAUCGCCACGUUCGUGGACGCCCGGGGCGACACGAUCUGGGGCCAAGGCGCCGUCUCCAAGGAGCAAGGACAGGGCCGUCCUGUAAUCCACGGCGAUCCGGCCGAGACGGAGCGGCUAAUCCGGGCUUUUGGAGAAGAGAAUCGCAGCGUCGACUUCGACUGGGAGAAGGUGUACGGGGGCGGGUUUGACGCAGUCAACUUUGUGACAUCGUCGACGGCGAUGCUCGCACUCGGCACCGACGACAUCGCCAAUCUCCGGGUACGACUGGCGCUCGACGAGAACGGCAUGCGGUACGACAUGCCUGACACGUCAAAGACGCCGUCUCAUGCGCAACCCUUAUUCACUCCCAGCGAAGGCACGGAAGUAUCAGGCGACGUCAACAUCCUCACAUAUCUUGCACGGACGCCAUCCUCCCCACCCCGGCCCGGAAUUGCCGCCCUCCAAGGCGGUGAUCACCUCGACGAAAUCGACCAGCUCCUCGCCAGCUGGGACCAAUACCAAGCCCACGAUGGCACCCCAGGGGAUCUCGCCACGAAUCUCGAAAAAUGGGACAAGACGCUAGCCGGCCAAGCCUACCUCUGCGGACCAGCACUAGGGAUCGACGACUGCGCGCUCUGGCCCAUCCUACGCGAGAUGGUCAUGCAGGGAGUGGUAUCUACCAAAACGCACCGCAAUGUAGCGGAGUAUUAUCAGCGGGUGGAGAAGCGGUCGAUAGUGAAGAAGGUGCUGGAAACACAAACAAAUUCACAGACACAUACCCAAUGAUCUUAUGAUGAGGCGUUAGCUUUGAUGUUUAUGAGGGGCUGUUUGAUUGUUUGGGGAGGUAUGGAUAUGAAUAGAAUAAUUAUAUUUACCAAUUUGGUUGGAUAGUAUAGUAUGGUAGAGCCUGCUAUAUCAACC